AACCGCCGCUGCCAGCUGCGCGCUCGGGGGAAAAGACGUUGCGCCCCCGCCGAUUGCCGGUUUCCGGGGCGCUACCCCGGAUCUCAGGUGGUCAGUCCCGGUACGCAACCACGGCGAGGACCCGGCACUGCUAACGGAGAUGGGAAGCCGUUUCCCGCGGGCUUCAUACAGACACGGUAUUAAGACAGCCCGAGUCGCGGACCAGUCCAACAGGCAGGCGGAUCAGUGGGCAGCCCGCGUGCGCGAGGACCCCGGUGGCGGCACCGGGUGGCGGGAAGGAGGAAGUUUCAAAGCCAGCUGACCUGGUUGUGGCCGUUGGGCAAGAUGAAGCUACACUGUGAGGUGGAGGUGAUCAGCCGGCACUUGCCCGCCUUGGGGCUUAGGAACCGGGGCAAGGGCGUCCGAGCCGUGUUGAGCCUCUGUCAGCAGACUUCCAGGAGUCAGCCGCCCGCCCGAGCCUUCCUGCUCAUCUCCACCCUGAAGGACAAGCGCGGGACCCGCUAUGAGCACUCAGGAUAGAAUAGCAAAGGAGACAAGAUUCCUGCUCUCAUGGAGUUUGUAUAUAACCUACGGGGAGGUGUGCCCACCCCAGGCUAGUGGACUGAAGUUAUGAAGCUAAGGGAGAACAUUGAGCAAUUCUUCACCAAAUUUGUGGAUGAGGGGAAAGCCACUGUUCGGUUAAAGGAGCCUCCUGUGGAUAUCUGUCUAAGUAAGGCCAAUUCCAGCAGUUUAAAAGGUUUCCUUUCAGCUAUGAGACUGGCUCAUAGAGGCUGUAAUGUUGAUACACCAGUUUCAACGCUCACACCAGUGAAGACUUCAGAAUUUGAAAACUUUAAAACUAAAAUGGUUAUCACAUCCAAAAAAGACUAUCCUCUAAGUAAGAACUUUCCAUAUUCCUUGGAACAUCUUCAGACUUCUUACUGUGGGCUUGUCCGAGUUGAUAUGCGUAUGCUUUGCUUAAAAAACCUUAGGAAAUUAGACUUGAGUCACAACCAUAUAAAAAAGCUUCCAGCUACAAUUGGAGACCUCAUACACCUUCAAGAACUUAACCUGAAUGACAAUCACUUGGAGUCAUUUAGUGUAGCCUUGUGUCAUUCUACACUCCAGAAGUCACUUCAGAGUUUGGACCUCAGCAAGAACAAAAUCAAGGCACUCCCUGUGCAGUUUUGCCAGCUCCAGGAACUUAUGAAUUUAAAACUUGACGAUAAUGAAUUGAUUCAAUUUCCUUGCAAGAUAGGACAACUAAUAAACCUUCGCUUUUUGUCAGCAGCUCGAAAUAAGCUUCCAUUUUUGCCUAGUGAAUUUAGAAAUUUAUCCCUUGAAUACUUGGAUCUUUUUGGAAAUACUUUUGAACAACCAAAAGUCCUUCCAGUAAUAAAGCUGCAAUCACCAUUAACUUUAUUGGAAUCUUCUGCACGAACCGUAUUACAUAAUAGGAUUCCAUAUGGCUCUCAUAUCAUUCCAUUCCAUCUCUGCCAAGAUUUGGAUACUGCAAAAAUUUGUGUUUGUGGAAGAUUCUGUCUGAACUCUUUCAUUCAAGGAACUACUACCAUGAAUCUGCAUUCUGUUGCCCACACUGUGGUCUUAGUAGAUAAUAUGGGUGGUACUGAAGCACCUAUUAUCUCUUAUUUCUGUUCUCUAGGCUGUUAUGUAAAUUCCUCUGAUAUGUUAAAGUAAUGAGUGAGACCUGAAAAAGAAAUUUCAAUAACAGAUCAGUUUGGGGUGCAUGUAUGAUUUAGCAGCAUCAAAUUGGAGUAAGGGAUGAUUUCUGUAUACUUGCUGGAGAGGAGGAAUGUGUAUAGUUACUCAUUUAAAUGACUCCAAAACUUUUAUUAAAACCAAUUUUAAUUUUA